AUGCUUCCGGCUCUUUUUGGGGAGGAGAGUUGCGUGACAACCGGAAUAACGGCUUUGCAGAGCAUAUGCUUUCGCGCGUUCCAAAGCUUUUUCCCUUAUCGUCCCUCCAUUGGUGGCGACGAAUGCGCGUGCAGGCUGACUCAUGGCUGUAAAUGGAAGAAUUGCUUUCUCAUUCAUUCAGGCCUGUGGGGUCUGGUAAACAACGCUGGAAUUGGUUUCUCUGCACCAAUAGAGUGGACUCCACUGGAAAAGUCCAAACACAUUGCUGAUAUUAAUAUGUGGGGGAUGAUUGACGUCACAAAAACCUUCCUGCCGCUCGUCAAGAAGGCCCGGGGACGAGUAGUUAACAUAUCGAGUGUAGUAGGUCGUGUUUCACCUCCUAACACAUCUAGCUACUGCGUCACCAAAUAUGGAGUACAAGCAUUUUCCGAUGCUUUGAGACGGGAAAUGGCCCCUUGGGGAGUGCAAGUCAGUAUCAUCGAGCCGGGUUUGUUCAAAACCGCCUUAGCAAAUGAAGAGCGUCAGAUCCAAGUUUUGCAGGAAUUUUGGGAUGGCCUCAGUCUGGAGUUAAAAGAGGAAUAUGGAGAGCGAAAACUAAAUCAAGUAAAACAGGGUGUCAGUAAAUCCUGCAGGAUGGCUUCUUCAGAAACUUCUAAAGUUGUAAACGCUAUAAUCGAUGCCCUGACUUCGCAACGACCUCAAACGCGCUAUUCUGUUGACCUUGAUGGAAAACUGUUUAUCUUCAUUUCAUUUUUGCCCACUUUCAUCGCUGAUUUCUUUUUCCGAAAUGUCUGA